UAGGCAAGCCGCCGGCCGCCAUCUUAGGUCGACAUUGUUGAUUUCCUCACCAACGAAAUGUGUGUCCAUUUCUACAAAUAAACUGAUUAUUAUGAGGACUUAUUAAGUUUUUUUUGAUUCUAUAGUGAUUACUUUAUAAUGGAAGAAGAAUAUAAUAUUGAAACGCAGGACCCAGUUGCGAACGAUGUGGUAAAUCGUGGUAAUGAAGGAAAUGAAAAUUUAGUGGACAGUGCUAAAGAUUUCGGUGAUGUAGUGGCCUACGACGAGAAUUACGAGGACGAGGAAGGUGGCAACAGCUUCCGUGGAGGCCGAGGACGCGGCAGCUUCAGAAGCAGAGGCCGUGGACCCCCGCCUGGCUGGAUGAAUGGGCCCCCUAUGCGGUUCAGAGGACGUGGGUACGGACCAGGAGGCCCCCCGAUGCGUGGACGAGGAUUCUUUAGAGGCCGUGGUGGCCCACGUGGUUUUGGGCCCAACAAUGGACCUAAUUUUGAUAAUAACUGGGGCCCGAUGGGACCCCCACCGCCUGGUAUGAUGGGUGGGCCCCCACCUGGUAUGAUGGGUGGACCACCUCCGUUUGGGCCCCCGCCUGGUAUGAUGCCGCCCGGUGGUCCAAUGGGUCCUCCUCCAAAUAUGAUGGGUCAGCCACCACCAUUUGGUGGCCCGCCUGGCAUGCCACCGCCAAAUAUGCAACAGAACCCAGAGCUAUGGGUGGAAACCAAGUCAGACGAAGGCAAGCCCUACUACUACCACGCUAGGACUCGGGAGACAACUUGGACCCGCCCACAGGAGGGCCCCAACUGCAAAGUUAUAUCACAAGCUGAAAUGGAGGCCAUGGUCUCUUCAGGUAUGGUUUUCCCAACAGGCGGUCCAAUGAACAUGGCGGGGCCCCAGCAAGUGCCUAUGAACGGGCCCAUGGGUGGCGGGGGCCCCAUGGGCGGGCCGAUGGGAAUGAUGCCUAACGGUGUGAUGCCGAAUGUGAUGCCGCCUGGAGUACACAAUGCGCCCCCUCAAGGGAACGUGCCACCAUUUAUGUCGCAGCCACCCCCGUGGGUCAAAGAAGGAGGUGCAAAGGAUAAGGAAGAAGAGAGUCCCGCGGAGAAUGAUGAGCUUCCUCCUGGAGAGAGCGCGCCCAUACAACCAACUCCUAAUGGUAACAUGUUUCCGGGUCCCAACAACGGUCCCCCGGGCGCGGGUGGUCCGGGCCCCGGUGUGUCGGGUCCCCCCGGGUACGGUGGGUAUCCGGGGGCCGGGUACCCCCCGCCGGGAUGGCCCGGCUGGUCCAACUGGCCCCCUCCACUCGUGGGACAACCACCGCCUAAUAUGAAUAAUGCUCCGGCUACUGAUAAUAAUACUAACGCCCAACCACUGGCCGGUCGUCCGACCAGUCCAUCGUCGGAGCCGACCAUCAUCUCCGACUCCCCCACUCCACUGCAACAACCACCCAAGAAGGAGGAACUUGUGAUAACUCCGGAACUGAUAGCGGCGGCGGCAGAGUGGACGACGCACCGCGCCCCGGACGGCCGGCCCUACUACUACAACGCGGGGAAACAGGAGUCUGUCUGGGAGAAACCUAAACCCAUGAAGGAACUUGAAGAUUUGCGAGCUAAAAUAGCGCUGGAGAAGGGCGAGCCGAUUGAGAAGAAAAAUGAUAAGAAAAUGGAUGUCGAUGAUAGCAAGAUUGAGGUAAUCGACGUCGAAGCUCAUGCAGAGGCCCAAGCGGCUGCAGAAGCCGAGCGCGCCGCGGCCGCCGAGCGAGCUCGCCGCGCGGCCGAGCCAGCUCGCCAGGACGAACCUCGCCACGAGGACAAACCGGCGGCAGCCGGCGACAAUAAGGAUAAGGACAAAGAGAAGGACAAGGAUAAAGCCAAGCAGGACCGCAGCCGACCUAUAUCUAGCACGCCUAUAUUAGGGACGCCAUGGUGCGUGGUGUGGACGGGCGACGGGUCGGUGUUCUUCUACAACUCGGCGGCGCACUCGUCGGUGUGGGAGCGGCCCGCGCUGCUGCUGGGCCGCGCCGACGUCGACAAGGCCGUCAGCCAGCCGCCGCCCGCGCUGCUGGAGCUGCAGCGAAAGGACGCGGCGGCGGCUUCGGGUAACAAGGCGGCUAACGGCGAGCUGAAGCGAACUGCUGAGCCCAACACCGAAGAGGCUGAUGCUGCCAAGAAGACCAAGGUUGAUGAUGUUCCGGCCGCGCAGAGCUCCCUGUCGGGCGCGGGCACGAUCCUGGUGGGCGCGGCGGCGGCCGUGGAGGCCGAGGUGCGCGCGGCGCGCGAGCGCGGCUCGCUGCCGCACCCGCAGCGCCUGGCCGCCUUCCUGCGCAUGCUGCAGGAGAAGGACGUCUCCGCGUUCUCCACCUGGGAGAAGGAGCUGCAUAAGAUCGUCUUCGAUCCAAGAUAUCUCAUGCUGAACUCCAAGGAAAGGCGCCAGGUUUUCGACCAGUAUGUGCGCGACCGUGCGGAGGAGGAACGCAAGGAGAAGAAGAACAGACUCCAGCAGAAGAAGGUCGCCUUCAGGGCGCUCAUGGACGAGGCCAAGCUGCACUCCAAGUCAUCGUUCAGUGAGUUUACAUCGAAGCACGGUCGGGACGAGCGCUACAAAGGUAUAGACAAGGCGCGCGACAGGGAGACGUACUUCAAUGAAUACCUCGCCGAGCUGAGGAAGAAGGAGAAGGAGGAGAAGGAUAAGGCCAGAGAACAGAUGAAAGUCGAGUUCAUUGCGCUGCUGAAAGAGAAGGGCGUCGACAGACAUUCCCGUUGGAUCGACGCCAAGAAGAAGAUAGACAGCGACCCUCGAUACAAAGCUGUGGAGGGUUCUAAUCAGCGGGAGGACUAUUUUAAGGAGUAUUGCAAGAUGGUCAAGGAGGAACGCAAGAAGGAAAAGGAUGGGAAGGAUAAAAAACGCGAGCGUACAGGCGGCAAGAAGGAGAAGCGGGAGAAGGAACGAGAAAAAGACAAGGAGGAGAAAAAGGAAGUAAAGAAAGAGAAGAAAAAGGAGAAGGGAGACAAACAGGACACCGAGGAGGAACGCAAACAGCCGACUCCUCCACCAGACCAAUGGGCCGAAAUACUCGGCAUCCCCGGCGAGGACGACGACAAAAAACCAACGAAAUCGACCCGAAAAAGUCAAAACGCAGAAUCGAAAGACAGAGCAAAGUCUGCGACCACUUCUGAAGAAGAACAACCUUCGCCAAAACAGCUACGUUCUUCUAAGAAAGAUGUAACGGCCCCUACACCGGAGAAGGCGGAAAAGUCCCCAAUAAAAGCUCCCCCCAAAAAGAGGAGACCAGAAGAGUUUCAGGAGACGCAGGAAGUAGAACCGGUGCUUGCAACACCGAAGAAAGAGAAGAAGAAGGUCGAGAAGACGGAAAAGAACGACAAGAGAAGACGGAAGAAGUCUGAGAAGGAAUAGUGUUUGAUGUACGUGUUCUUCGGGCGCCGAUCCUCAUUGCGCACAUAGUGCAAUAGUGCUAAACUUUGGUUCAUACCUCCACUGAUUUGUGGGUAGUUUGAUAAUAGUGAUUUUGUUCCGACUCAGUCAGUCUGUCCGUUGUUCUCGUGGCGAGCGGUCGUCUGGGGGAAUAUGUAAGCGUUGAUUUAAAUUUCAAUUUUUAAUGUUUCGAGUGGGAAUUGGACAUUGUGAUGUUUGGUAUUAUGUUAUUUUUUUAACAUUUCUUUGUUAUUGUUUUUUUAAGGUAUUUUGUGUAUCAGAUUUUUUUUAGUGUAUAGUUUUAAGUUGUACAUUGGCUAAAAGAGCGUACCAAAGGUUAUUUUUUGUGUUAGGUCUAGCGUUUGAGGUUCAAUUCCCGGAUGAGGAAUUUUAAUCGGUCGAAUUUUCUGCAUAGCAGUGUAAAGACCUUGUAGGCACAAAAUUGGCUCUGUCCUUAAAAUGUAAAAAUAAUCAUUUGACGUAAAGUAAGUGCACUUACUAGCGUGCCUGCCUACCCUCCUGCAGGGGUUAAAAGGCGUGAUGUUAAAAAAAUAUUGAAUUGGCUGAAAAAAAUGUAAUUAAAUAAAAUUUUUAUAUAUUAGCUCUGACCAGCAUUCUUUUGACUACAUAAAAUGAAAGAAUAAUUAUUAUUUCAAUCUAGUUUCAUUCUAGACCUUGCAAAACAUAAUAUGUAGUCAGUAAAAUUUCAUUUCAUUUAAAAUAAAAUUAAUUAAUUUUAUUUUGCUGGAGUAAUUGGUUGACGAGAUAACUUAACUGAUUUUAUGUCUAGGGGCUUACUCUUGAAUCCAAUCCCGAUCGAUCGACAUUGAUAUUGUGUCGUACUCUUGAGUUGCAACAUU